UCCUCAGCCACAGGCACUCCUGUCCCUGCCCUGAGAAUCAUGUGGGAGCUGGAAGAGACCCCCGCCAGGUUUCUGGACAAGUUCAUUGAAAACUAUCUCCUGCCAGACACGCAUUUCCGCAGGCAGAUCAAGGAAGCCGUCCACAUCAUCUCCACUUUCCUGAAGGAGAGGUGUUUCCAAGGUGCGGCCCACCCUGUGCGGGUGUCCAAAGUUGUCAAGGGUGGCUCUUCGGGCAAAGGCACGUCCCUCAGAGGCCGAUCCGAUGCUGACCUCGUGGUCUUUCUCAGCAACCUCAGGAGUUUUGAGGAGCAGCUUCACAAACGAGGACAGUUCAUCUGGGAAAUUAAGAGGCAGCUGGAAGCCUGUCAAAUAGAAGAAACCUUUGAAGUGCAGUUUGAGCUCGGGAGUCUGCAGCCUGAGAAGCCCCGAGCCCUCAGCUUUCUGCUCCAGAACCGCUCUCUGGGCGAAGGGGUAGAGUUUGAUGUACUGCCCGCCUUUGACGUCCUGGGUCAGUGGACCAAUAACGGCAGGCCUAACUCUCAAGUCUACCUCAAGCUAAUCCAAGAGUGCCAGGAUCUGGGCAAAGAGGGGGAGUUCUCCACCUGCUUCACGGAGCUGCAGCGGGACUUCCUGAGGCAGCGUCCCACCAAGGUGAAGAGCCUCAUCCGCCUGGUCAAGCACUGGUACCAAAAGUGUAAGAAUAAGCUUGGGAAGCCCCUGCCACAGCAGUAUGCCUUGGAGCUCCUGACAGUCUAUGCCUGGGAGAAGGGCAGCAAGCAAACGGAGUUCAGCACAGCUCAGGGAUUUCAGACCGUCUUGAAAUUAGUCCUGAACUACCAGCAGCUUUGCAUCUACUGGACAAAGUAUUACGACUUUGAAAACCCAAUUAUUGGACGAUACCUAGAGAGGCAGCUUGCAAAAUCCAGGCCUGUGAUUCUGGACCCAGCUGACCCGACGGGAAACGUGGCUGCUGGAGACCUACACGGCUGGUGGAGACUGGCAGAUGAGGCCAGGGCCUGGCUGAGUUACCCAUGCUUUAAGAAAGGGGAUGGAUCUCCAGUGGGCUCUUGGGACAUGCCACUUGCAGAAGGCAAUGAAGACAAUUGGGUAACUUGUGAACACAGAAUGUAUCAGUCCCAGGAUUAUGGAUGGUGCCCUUUAUCUGCUGGGAGCCUCAGCACAGGCAUGACACCACCCACUGCCCAGAAGGAAGAUGACUGGGUGUGUGCCAUCCUAUGA